UAUAUAUUGACAAAAUAUUAAAGAAUGGAAGAAAAAGUAAAAGGCUUAUGUGUGUCUGUUCAGAAGUGAAGAAAAAAGCUAAGGACAAAUACAGAGUGUCGAGACAGAGAGGGGAGAGAGAGGGAGGUUGUGUGUGCUAAAAGAAAAAAAGGGAAAAACUUGUUAUAGAUUUAUGUUUUGGUUGGGGUUGAAUCACCCAUCACUCUCUUUCUUUUGGGCUAUCACCAUCAUUGUCCCAUUUGUACAGCUUUUUAGUGUUACUAGCUUCCAUUCUUUCUCUCUUUCUCUGAUUCUUGUUCUGAUGCAAUCCCAUUGAAUCUCCCUCUUUCUUUUGUUUUGCCAUCUGGGUUGUCUUAAAGGCCUAAAGAACACACUUCUUUCAAUUCAAGCAGUCAUAAAGUUAAGAACUUUAUUGUGAUCUCUGUAUUGGGUACUUUUUGUUUGGUACAUAAUGACUGUAGAGGACCAAAGGGGUUGUAAUUCAGUUAAUGAAAAAAUGUUUCCUGUUGGUAUGCGUGUUCUAGCUGUUGAUGAUGACCCAAUUUGCCUCAAAGUUUUGGAGAAUUUGCUUCGUAAAUGCCAGUACGAAGUUACAACUACCAAUCAAGCAGUCACUGCUCUGGAAAUGUUGAGAGAAAACAGAAACAAGUAUGACUUGGUUAUCAGUGACGUUAACAUGCCAGACAUGGAUGGCUUUAAGCUCCUUGAACUCGUGGGGCUCGAAAUGGAUCUACCGGUUAUCAUGUUAUCAUCUCAUGGUGAUAAAGAGUUUGUGUAUAAGGGGAUUACGCAUGGUGCUGUUGACUAUUUGCUUAAACCUGUUCGAUUGGAGGAGCUCAAAAACAUAUGGCAACAUGUAAUCAGGAGAAAAAAAUGGUAUCCCCAGGACCAGAACGGGUCACCAAAUCAAGAUAAGGGUGGUGAUGGAGCUGGGGAGGGGGAACAAGUGACAUCAACGGGUAGUGGUGAUCAAAAUGGAAAAGUAAACAGGAAACGCAAGGACCAAGACGAAGAGGAGGAAGGUGAGGGUGAAGAUGGAAAUGAUAAUGAAGAAUCUGGGAAUCAGAAGAAGCCUCGAGUUGUUUGGUCGGUGGAGCUGCAUCAAAAGUUUGUCUCUGCUGUCAAUCAACUAGGUCUUGACAAGGCUGUUCCAAAGAAAAUACUUGACCUGAUGAAUGUUGAUGGGCUUACAAGGGAAAAUGUGGCAAGCCAUUUGCAGAAAUUCAGGCUUUACCUCAAAAGACUAAGUUGUGGGGCAAAUCAGCAACCCAACAUGGUUGCUGCAUUUGGUGCUAAAGAUUCAUCUUACUUGAGAAUGGGUUCGCUGGAUGGAUUUGGAGAUUUUCGCUCUGUGCAUGGACCGGGACAGCUUUCAACCACUUCUCUUUCAUCAUACCCACCCGGGAGUUUGCUUGGUAGAUUGAACUCUCCUGGUGGUUUAACCUUGCAGGGAAUAGCUUCUCCUGGGCUGCUCCAACCAGGUCAUUCCCGAUCCUUGAACAAUCCUCUCAAUACUCUUGGAAAGCUCCAGCCGUGUCUCUUACAAACAAACCGAGGCAGCACAAAUUUAUUUCAAGGGAUUUCAUCAGCAUUGGAUCCCAAGGAAUUUCAGUUGAAGUCUAUGAACCAUAUUGGAGACUUUAAUCACAAAGGUGAUGCAACAAGUUUUACACUUGCAGGUUGCUUCCCGGAUGUCAAAGUGACUAUUGGUAGCUUGGGCAAUACCAUAUCUAGUGCCGCAAACAACCCUCAGAUGCUUCAUGUGAACCCACAACAAAAUCAGACUAGGAGAUCGUUGGCAACUCAAUCUUCUCUAAGCAUGCCUGCAUUGAAUCAGGAGUCUUUUGAUGUUGGUGUCCGUGGCUCUUCAAAUUUUCUGGAUCAUAGUAGAUGUGAUGAUAACUGGCAGGGUGUAGUUCAAAUGUCCACAUUUCCUUCAAACUCUUUGCCAUUGGGUGAGCCUUUCCGACAUGAUCCAUUGCCUCCAAGUACCCGGAGAGACAAUAUAUCUUCCACCACCUCUCACAUUGUUAAUAAUCCUCUUGAUUUUUCUUCAUCGGGUUCUCUCACAGCACCUUUAGAAGAUUCCAGAUUAGAUAUGCAAGGACAAGCAGACUUGGUUGGUAAUAUUUUUCAUAAUACAAAUUACACAUCAAAGAACAGAUGGGGAGAAAAUAGCCAAAACUUUAAUCCUUGUCUAAAUGGUUCGUUUGGUGCCACGAACUCCCUGGUUUCUGGCAGUGGUUCCAUGAAUCCAUUGAGCCAGAGUAUGGACCAAAGGAAAAGGUUUGAUGCAUCUGUGCUUGGUCAAUCAAACAGUGGGACUCUAUCCAUGUUUCAGCAUCUUGAAGCUGGGAAUUCUGCUUUGGACCCAACGGGUAUGAGAAUACCAAAAAUGAGGUCAAAUGAGGAUUUUCUCUUGGAGCAAACAAAGUCUCCUAAUGGUUUCGUUCAAAAUAAUUAUGAUUCUUUGGAUGAUAUAGUGAAUGCAAUGAUCAAACGGGAUCAAAAUGAUGGCGUCUUGAUGGAUGGAGAAUUCGGGUUUGAAUCUUAUUCACCUGGAUCAUGCAUUUGAGACUCCCUUCCUCCAUAUUGAAGGAGAAGAAGGGCAUCCGAGUUCACUGCUCUCAUGGACAAACUUGUAUCUUGUAGUUGAUCUCUCUUUUCUUCUUUUUUUUUUUUUUAGUUUAUUUUUCCUUCCCCUUUUCCCCAAUGUACUUUCAUCGGCCCUUUUCCAUUCUUAUUCCCUGUUACUAGAGUUAAUUUACUGGUUAACAUUUAUAGCUUAUCUCUUCCUUUUCUCUUCUCUUGUUGAUAAACUAAUCGUACAUAUUAAAUUCAUCUCUUUCCUUAAUUUUUAA